CGGACAGCGUGGCGGCGGGAGGAGCAGGAGCGGGGAGCGGCGGCGGCUGCUGCUGCAGCGCUUCCAGAAGGCUCCGUUCGAGGAGAUCGCCGCCCGCUGCGGGGCCAGGGCGUCGCUGCUGCAGAGCAAACUCAACCAGGUCCUGCAGAUCAGCGUGCGGCCUCCCCCGAGCCCCUCGGGCGCCGUCCCGGCCGUGCUGGGCCCCUCCCCCCAGCCCCAAUCCCAAUCCCAGCCCCAGCCCCAGCCCCAGCCCCACUCCAUCCCCGUGUACGAGAUGAAAUUCCCGGAUCUCUGCGUCUACUGAAGCUUCCGGAAGAGCCGCCCGCCCUCGGCAUUCCCACAAUUCCCAAAAUCCCCCAAAUUCCCCAAAUUCCCCAAAAUCCCAAAAUUCCCCAAAUUCCCCAAAUUCCCUCGUCACCGUCCCGCCCUCGGCUUUCUUGGGAUCGUCCUCGCUUUUCCUGGGGUUUUGGGGGAUUUUCCUGGGAUUUUCUGGGGUUUUUUUGGGAUCAUUCCGGGUUUUCCUGAGGUUUUUUUGGGAUUUUCCUGGGAUUUCCUGAGGUUUUUUUGGGAUCACUCCAGGUUUUCCUGGGAUUUCCUGGGGGUUUUUUCGGAUUUUCCUGGGAUUCUCUGGGGUUUUUUUGGGAUCAUUCCGGGUUUUCCUGAGGUUUUUUUGGGAUUUUCCUGGGAUUCUCUGAGGGUUUUUUGGGAUUUCCUUGGAAUUCUCUGAGGGUUUUUUGGGAUCAUUCUGGGUUUUCCUGGGAUUUUUUUGGGAUCAUUCUGGGUUUUCCUGGGAUUUCCUGAGUUUUUUUUGGGAUUUUCCUGGGAUUUCCUGGGAAUUCCUAAGGGUUUUUUGGGAUCAUUCCGGGUUCUCCUGGGAUUUUUUUGGGAUUUUCCUGGGAUUUUCUGGGGUUUUUUUGGGAUUAUUCCGGGUUUUCCUGAGGUUUUUUUGGGAUCACUCUGGGUUUUCCUGGGAUUUCCUGAGGUUUUUUUUGGGAUUGUCCUGGGUUUCCCUGGAAUUUUUUUGGGAUCACUCUGGGUUUUUCUGGGAUUUUCUGAGGGUUUUUUGGGAUUUUCCUGGGAUUUCCUGAGGGUUUUUUGGGAUCAUUCCGGGUUUUCCUGAGUUUUUUUGGGAUCUUCCUGGGAUUUUCUGGGGUUUUUUGGGAUCAUUCCGGGAUUUCCUGGGGUUUUUUUAGGGAUUUUCCUGGGAUUCUCUGGGGGGUUCUUUUGGGAUCAUUCCAGGUUUUCCUGGGAUUUUUUUGGGGAUUUUCCUGGGAUUUCCUGAGGUUUUUUUGGGAUUUUCCUGGGAUUUCCUGGGAAUUCCUAAGGGUUUUUUGGGAUCAUUCCGGGUUCUCCUGGGUUUUUUUUGGGAUUUUCCUGGGAUUUUCUGGGAUUUUUUUGGGAUAAUUCCAGGUUUUCCUGAGGUUUUUUUUGGGAUUUUCCUGGGAUUCUCUGAGGUUUUUUGGGAUCAUUCCGGGAUUUCCUGAGGGUUUUUUGGGAUUUUUCCUGGGAUUCUCUGAGGGUUUUUUGGGAUUUCCUUGGAAUUCUCUGAGGGUUUUUUGGGAUCAUUCUGGGUUUUCCUGGGAUUUUUUUGGGAUCAUUCCAGGUUUUCCUGAGGUUUUUUUGUGAUUUUCCUGGAAUUCUCUGAGGGUUUUUUGGGAUCAUUCCAGGUUUUCCUGGGAUUUUCCAGGAUUUUCUUUUGGGAUCGUUUUUGGGAUUUUCCUGGAAAUUUCUGGAGGUCAUUUUGGGAUCAUCCCAAAAAAUCCUGGAAAUCCCAGAACCCCUGGGAUUCUCCCAGGUUUUUUGGGAUUUUCCUAGGAUUUUCCAGGGUUUUUUUCGGGAUCACUCCAGGUUUUCCUGGGAUUUUUUGGGAUUGUUCCCAAUUUUCCUGGGCUUUUCCAGGAUUUUCUUUUGGGAUCAUUCUGGAUUUUCCUGGGAUUUUCUGAGGGGUUUUUUUGGGAUCAUUCCUGGAAUUCUCUGGAGGUUUUUUUUGGGGGAUCAUCCCAAAUUUUCCUGGGUUUCUCCCAGGUUUUUUUGGGGGUUUUCCUGGGAUUUUUCCAGGGUUAUUUUUGGGAUGAAGGCGUGGGAAUGGGGAUUUUUUUUCUGGGAUAAUGGGAAUUCCUUGGGAAAUUUGGGAAUUGCAGCGGUGGGAAGGAGCCCAAAGAACUGAGGGAGGGAGAAAAUCCCAAAUGGGAAAAAAUCCCACAUGGAAAAUCCCAAAAGGAAAAUUUUGGGAUGGAAAAUUCUGGAGAGGAAAUCCCGGAUGGAAAAUUCCCAGAUGGAAAAUUCCAGUUGGAAAAUCCCAAAUUGGGAAAUUCGGGAUGGAAGAUCCCAAAUGGAAAGACCCUGGAAUUCCAAAAGGAAAAAUCCCAAAGGGAAAAAUCCCAAAAGGAAAAUUUGGGAUGGAGAUUUAUAGGUGAAAAAACCCC